AUGUCUCCCCCAACAUUUGACGGCGAUGCGAUGCGCUGUGCUGAGACCAUGGUGUGUGAUGUGGAAGAGCCAAUGCAUAUAUUCAUGGAUAAGGUGACGUCCAAGACCAUGGACACGGUUAGACCCCGCCAGUCAACCAAGGCAGUGCACCGUGGCAAGAACCAGUUUCGCAGCAGGAUGAUCCUGUCGACCUCACCUCCCGAAGUGCGCGUGAUGCAAGCAUCAGCUUUCAGGUCUAUCAACUCAAAAUAACACU